GCAUAUCUGCGAGCAGUUGUGCGUUGGUAUAGUUACCAUAAAAAAGCCUUAAUUUUUGUAUAACCUUAUAUAUACCGGUAACUGUGACAGCCCUACAGUGAUUACAUUUGUUUGCAGAUUUAUUUACGCCCACCGGUUGGAUAAAAUGGAGAGGGACUGCAUCGACACUGCAGAAAAAACUAAGCCGGCGUCGCCUUUGAGGAAAAAUAUUAAUGAAGAAGCAGCUAAUUCACCGAUCUGUGGUGCUACUGAUGUGGCGAAGGCCAGGUGGACUCUGCUGAGACAGGUGUUGCGUCAGAAGCAGACGGACGCUCCAGAGGUCAAACAGGUGUCAGUCCGCAGGUUUGCAACGUUUGACCUUUUCAGCAGGAAGAGGCUUCUGACUCAAGACCCCAGUGAUACCUCAGACGACCAGUGGGUGGAGUACAGAAGUGUCUUCUUUCCCGAGUACAGUGCCUUGCUCAGGGACAACAUGGGGCCUAUCCGAGUUAACGAAGUGCUCAACAGUUUUGACAACACCGGUAAUGUCUGUGUGUGGCCGUCUGAAGAGGUGAUGGCUCAUUACUGUCUGCAGAAACGCCACAUGUUCAAGGGUGCAGUGUGUGAGUUAGGAGGAGGUAUGACUUGCCUUGCUGGGCUCAUGGUUGCCAUUUGUGCUGACGUGAAGGAAGUUCUGCUAUCAGAUGGGAACGAGAAGUCCAUUCAGAAUGUUCGAAAGCUGGCCGAGAGAAACAGACAGACUGGAAAGUUUGGAUCUACUCAGGUUUCUUCCAGGGUGGUGAGGUGGGACUGCGAGUCAGACAUUUCGGCACUAGAGGGUCACUUUGACAUUGUCAUGUGUGCAGACUGUUUGUUCCUCGACCAGUACAGAGCCAGCCUGGUUGAUGCCAUAAGAAGAUUACUGAAACCCAACGGCACAGCGUUGGUGUUUGCUCCGCUGCGAGGUGAAACUCUGAGACUGUUUUGUCAACUGGCCCAGCAGGCCGGACUCUGCGCCUCCCAACACCAGCAGUACGACGCUCAGGUCUGGGAUGUUCACUUGAAGAUGCUGGCGGAGGGGAAAGACGCAUACGAUGAGAACAUCCACUACCCUCUCCUCAUCACCUUGACCAAAGGACUUCAACCUGUCAUCCACACUCAGUAAACCAAAACAAGCGCUCCGCUCCACAUGCUUUUACAUAUUCAACAUAGAGUCAUGUCAACAACCACAAGGGAUCCAAGAAAGAGCCGUAUUCAAAUACAGUAAGGGUAUUAGUCUCAAUAUCAAGUGUUAAGUGACAGGGAGUCAAACUAAUUUAGUGCAUAUUUGAGACAUUUUUCCAAAUUGAACCUGGCCACUGAGAGGAUUCAUUAUCAGGUAAUGCAUGGCUUUGGAGAAUAUUUGAGCGUGCUUGCUAUGUAGGCUGAAGAGGAAGAAUGGAGAGGCAGAUAUAGAUUCUAACCUAGUAUGUUUGAACCCUCUGCCAUAUGCCAAAUAAAUUACUAUCAGUCUCCAAAAUAGUCAUGAAAUCAGCUUCCGUAAGUUAAUCAACCUUCUAGAGAAGUUAAUUGCCAAACAGUCGUCAGUAACCAGCCUGUUAAUUUACCUAUUAUGGUAUUUAAUCAGCCAGUAAUCCUGUCAUCAUUCCAGCCAACAAGCCAGUCAGUCGUUAGGUAAGUUAACAGUCGGUUACAUAGAGAUUUCCUCAGUCAGUCGGCCCUCUUUAACCUGUCAGUAUUAACCUAUGCCACUGUGUUCCUGCCCCCAGCGUGGAGGCCAGCUCUAAUUCAUUAACUAUCACAGACUGUGGAGCAGCUCACAGCUUCCUUUGUGUUUCCUCCAUUUCUCUUUGUUCCCUUCUUCCCCCGCUUUCAUUUCUUCUAAUACAACUCAUUCAUCCCAGUCAGAGGUCAGUAUUAAGAACUUCUUUUGUGCAUUACUUACAACAGUGCAUUAACAUAUUACAGCACCAUCAGACGUUGUUGCUGCCUCGGAGCUACAGCUUGCAAUGUAGAAGAACAUUUCGUCACGCAUAUAAGAAGUGCGCAUUACAUUGCAUUGUAAUUACAUUUUACACAGCUAUAUCUAUUCACUCACAAACAUUUCGCUCUUUAAAGUGACUUAGCAAGCAACAAUCAAUCAUGUGGCAGCAGCUCGUAUUAGUCUGAAUUUUUCAGGAAGUGUGAGUGUUUGAAAAGCGACCAGGAGAGAAAACAUGCACAUACGUUGUUAUCACUCCUAAUACUUGCAUUUAUUGAAUAAUGACCCCAAUACUGUGCAAUAGAUUGAAGGUUAUAUGGUAUGUUGUACAGAGCAGGAUUACUUUGCAGACCACUUAAUGGUCUCUUACCCCCGAUGUCCACUGAGUGUCUGCUGCCAUCACGCUGCUGUGCCACUGCCUCCGUGACAGUGGCACCAAAGUUCAUGCUCAACGGAUCUAUGAAGUGCUGCAUUGACUUUUAAAUGUAAGCAAUGCCUUUAUUCAUAUUGUUAUGGUAUUUUAUUUGUCUUUACACAUUCACAGCAAAACAGUUUGUCUUGCUUUUGUUAUGUCACCACUCGGUAUAAGUCUGAAUGCUACAAUUUCUUAGAAAGCAAAUAUGGCUUGCUGCACAAGGUCGCUAAAACAAAACAAAGCAUAUGUUACCACAAAGUUUGUAUUAAAAACUACUGCUGCUUGAAAACACACUGCUUGAACAUCCAGUGGACAUCCGGGGGUUAGAUUUUGAUUUCAAAUUGAUUACCUAUAUGUAACCUUAGUUCUUGAAAGUCAAAUACUCUCUUUAUAGCCUCAAGAGCAAAGACUUUCACACAUGUCCGACCAAUUGCUUUUCCAUUGUCUGUUGGUUUUAUUAUCUAUCAGCACAAGUUUACUCAGGUCUUUUUCCAUGUAUUCAGCCGUUUCCUGUUUCUUGUGGUAUUAAAGAAACGCCAAGUGUCAGUGGUCCAGUGGCCUAAAGUUGUACCUAUCACUAGUAAAGUGUUUUCCAUUUUUCACUGUGAUCCAUUGCUGUAUGCAACAGCCAAGAAGCUAUGCAGUAUCUCCCCAUGGCUGCUGUUUACACCCCUCAUGUUGAAUACAAUAAUCCACCUUCAGAUAUGGGAGGUAUUCCCUGUGUGUACUCAGAAAAGUCAAUGAAGUCAGCUUUAUCAGUGGUCUCAAUGCUUUGAGGACUUGCAGUGCAGAAAUGUUCCUAUUGCAAAGUGUGUUUAAUUACAUUUGUAUCUGUAUUGCAUUUUGCUGUGUACCUUUGAUAUCUGCGGGCUAACACCAUCUCCACGGUGACUUCAUCACUGUGUAGUGGGACAUCACCACUACUGACAGUGAUGUCAUUUUGCAACACUGUUCUCCGCUCUGCGUUGCUGCUUCUUGCAACAUUACUGCCUCUAUUUUUGGCAAAGUGUUCACCGGGUGCACCCAUGAUUUGCAGUGGCUUCUCGUUUUUUACUCGGUGAUUUGGUCACUUCUUGUCGUGAUGUUCGUGCUGUGUGCGCGGACACUUCUCACUGUGACAUCAGCAGGAAACACUGACAGUCAGUGUUAUUCAGAGAGAGUGCUGCAGCAGAGUAUUACCGUGGGUAACAUCACACAGGAAUGUUUUAUUCCAACAGAUGUAUGUGUUGUGGGAUGUUUCUGUCAGGCUAUGAUUUGAGUUAUCAAACAGAUUUGUUAGUCAUUUGCACGGCAUGUCCACACUAAUCCAGAUCACCUUUGAAUUGGAGUACUUCUAACCAUUCUGAAUUUAUCUUUUUAAAUGGACCACCAAAAACAGAACUAUAAGGAACUGUAACAUGGACUUAAGUUGGAGCAUUUUCUGUAGCAUUUCACUGCAUAAGGACACUCAAAUUCCAAAUACUUAUUAAAUAUUGAUUUAGAAUGAUCUUGUGAUUUGUAUUGUUCUGAGGGUUUGACAAAAGAAACACAAACAAGUAUUCUUUAAUUAAAUAUUUUUCAUGUAUCCUCUUAAGUGUGGACAUGGCCGACAGUGAGUUUCUUCUUUCAGUAUAUCAGACUCUCUCUGCUUCACUGUAAUCAAUGGGUAAUGAAUGUUGUGAUUUGCUGUCUAUGGGUGGGUGUGUUUUUUGUGAAAGAAUGAAAAUAAAGACAUUUUCUUCAAGAAA